CAAGAUGGCGGCGGCACGGCUUCAGCCGCGCGGGGCGGGGCGGGGCGGGGCAGCCGAGGUCGGGGGGCGGGAUGCUGCGGGCUGCGCUGAGCCGCGUGCCGCCGCUACUGAGUCGCGUGCGGCCCCAGGGGCCGGGCCUGAGGUGGUUGUGGGGACGCGGGGGCGGUCCGGGGGCUGCGGGGAGAAGGCAGACCGGGGCCGGGGUCUGGGGCUGGCGGCGUUUGAGCUCGGAGCCGGGGCCCGGGGCCGCGCACUACCAGCUUGUCUACACUUGCAAGGUGUGUGGGAGCCGGUCCUCCAAGCGCAUCUCCAAACUGGCCUAUCACCGGGGAGUUGUCAUCGUGACCUGCCCCGGCUGCCAGAAGCACCACGUCAUCGCCGACAACCUGGGCUGGUUCUCAGACCUGGACGGGAAGAGGAACGUUGAAGAAAUCCUGGCGGCCAGAGGGGAGAAGGUGUGCCGAGUGGCUGGUGAGGGGGCCUUAGAGCUGGUUUUAGAGGCUGCCGGGAACCCCAAAUCCACCACUGCUCCAGAAGGGGGCGAGGGCCAGGACCCCACUCAUCCUGGCAAGACGGAGCCCAGCUGACUCUGUCUCUGCCUUCCAGAAGAUGCUUCGGCCCUUCCGGGCUGGCCUGUCUUCUAUCAAUAAACACAUCACUCAGA